AUGGCUGACGCCACGAAUCUUAAUCGCCCACUGUGCUGUGAACAGUUCGGUUCCGGGGCGGCGCGGGGCUGUUUCGCCGCCGCCGACGGGAGUCUGCAGUGGGAAGCUUGGGGGUGGCGCUGGUGGGAUUUCUCCGGGGCCUUUACAGUGAAACCCCAAAGACUGGCUGGCGGCGCAGGGGGUGCUCUCGGCACUGCUUCACCACCUCUCUCCAGCCUCAUAGCCGUUUUCCUGCCGCAGGGCUUCCCCGAUAGCGUCAGCCCGGACUAUCUGCCCUACCAGUUAUGGGAUUCCGUGCAGGCCUUUGCUUCCAGUCUCUCAGGCUCCCUCGCCACCCACGCAGUCUUGCUGGGCAUAGGGGUGGGGAACGCAAAAGCUUCUGUUUCAGCUGCCACUGCCACCUGGUUGGUGAAAGAUUCAACUGGCAUGUUGGGCCGCAUCAUCUUUGCCUGGUGGAAAGGGAGUAAACUGGACUGCAAUGCCAAGCAAUGGAGGCUUUUUGCUGAUAUCCUCAACGAUGUAGCUAUGUUCCUCGAGAUUAUGGCUCCCAUUUAUCCAAUCUUUUUCACCAUUACCAUCUGUACCAGCAACCUGGCCAAGUGCAUUGUGAGUGUGGCUGGUGGGGCCACUCGGGCUGCCCUGACCAUGCACCAGGCCCGGAGAAACAACAUGGCUGAUGUGUCAGCCAAGGAUAGCAGUCAGGAGACACUGGUAAACCUGGCAGGGCUCCUGGUCAGUCUCUUGAUGCUUCCCCUCGUGUCAGAUUGCCCUGGCUUCAGCCUUGGUUGUUUCUUCUUCCUCACUGCCCUUCACAUCUACGCCAAUUACCGGGCAGUCCGAGCCCUUGUCAUAGAGACCUUGAAUGAAGGCCGACUCCGGCUGGUCCUGAAGCACUUCCUUCAGAGGGGAGAGGUACUUGGCCCCACUUCAGCUAAUCAGAUGGAGCCACUGUGGACAGGUUUUUGGCCAUCUCAGUCUCUAUCCCUGGGGGUCCCCCUACACCGCUUGACCUCCAGUGUUUUUGACCUGCAACAGCUGGUUGAGGGACACCAAGAGCCCUACCUCCUUCGCUGGGACCUGUCACAAAACCAGGUGCAAGUCGUUUUGAGCCAGAUGGCAGGCCCUGAAACCAUCCUAAGGGCUGCUACACACGGGCUGGUGCUUGAAGCCCUGCAGGGAGAUGGGCCCCUCCCAAGAGGGCUGGAGGAACUGAGGAACCAAUUACGGGCAGGUCCUGAGAAAGACAACUGGGUCAUCGUCAGGGACACACACCAAGUGUUGGACAAGCUAUUCCCAAAGUUCUUGAAAGGACUGCAGGAUGCAGGCUGGAAGACUGAGAAGCACCAGCUAGAGGUGGAUGAGUGGAGAGCCACAUGGCUUCUGUCUCCAGAAAAGAAGGUCUUGUGA